AUGUCAUACCUCAUGAAUAAACAGAUCCGGAAAACCUCUCGUUUGUUCUUCCUGCAGCCAGAAGAUGAGCCAAAAGAAGAAGCAGCAACACCAGCCAAACCCGUUGUGGGGAUUAUUUACCCUCCUCCAGAAGUCAGGAAUAUCGUGGACAAGACAGCCAGCUUUGUAGCGAGAAAUGGCCCAGAGUUUGAAGCUCGAAUCCGUCAGAACGAAAUAAACAACCCCAAGUUCAAUUUCUUGAACCCCAACGAUCCCUACCAUGCCUACUACCGGCACAAAGUCAGCGAGUUCAAAGAGGGCAAGGCCCAGGAACCCUCGGCUGCCAUACCGAAGGUCAUGCAACAGCAGCAAAGUGCGCAGCAACAACUUCCUCAGAAGGUCCAGGCUCAGGUGAUCCAAGAAACAGUCAUUCCAAAGGAACCUCCACCAGAGUUUGAGUUCAUCGCCGACCCUCCCUCCAUCUCAGCCUUCGACUUGGACGUGGUGAAGCUGACGGCGCAGUUCGUCGCACGGAAUGGCCGGCAGUUCCUGACUCAACUGAUGCAGAAGGAACAGCGGAAUUACCAGUUUGACUUCCUGCGUCCGCAACAUAGCCUCUUCAACUACUUCACCAAACUGGUUGAGCAGUACACCAAGAUCUUGAUCCCGCCUAAAGGGCUACUUAUCAAACUCAAGAAGGAGGCUGAAAAUCCUCGAGAAGUCCUCGAUCAGGUGUGCUACCGAGUGGAGUGGGCCAAAUUCCAGGAACGAGAGAGGAAGAAGGAAGAGGAGGAGAAAGAGAAGGAGCGUGUCGCUUAUGCUCAGAUUGACUGGCAUGACUUUGUCGUGGUGGAAACCGUGGACUUCCAGCCCGGCGAGCAAGGAAACUUCCCUCCUCCCACCACGCCCGAGGAACUGGGCGCUCGCAUACUGAUCCAGGAGCGCUACGAGAAGUUUGGGGAAAGCGAGGAGGUGGAGAUGGAGGUGGAGUCAGAUGACGAAGACGAAAAGCAAGAGAAGACCGACGAGACCCCCUCUCAACUAGACCAAGACACGCGAGUGCAGGAUAUGGACGAGGGUUCCGAUGACGAAGACGAGAGUCAAAAAGUCCCGCCUCCGCCGGACACCCCAAUGCCGCCUCCUCUGCCUCCAACUCCGGACCAGGUCAUUGUGCGGAAGGAUUACGAUCCCAAAGCCUCCAAGCCGUUACCACCUGCGCCAGCCCCGGAUGAAUAUCUCGUCUCUCCCAUCACGGGCGAGAAGAUACCUGCCAGUAAAAUGCAAGAGCACAUGCGAAUCGGACUCCUGGAUCCCCGUUGGCUGGAACAGAGGGAUCGGUCUAUCCGGGAGAAACAGACUGACGACGAGGUCUAUGCCCCAGGUUUGGAUAUCGAGAGCAGCCUGAAGCAGCUGGCUGAGCGCCGUACGGAUAUCUUCGGUGUGGAGGAGACGGCGAUCGGGAAGAAGAUUGGCGAAGAGGAGAUCCAGAAGCCAGAGGAAAAGGUGACCUGGGAUGGCCACUCGGGCAGCAUGGCUCGCACGCAGCAGGCCGCGCAGGCCAACAUCACCCUGCAAGAACAGAUCGAAGCCAUUCACAAGGCCAAGGGGUUGGUGCCGGAAGACGACAGCAAAGAGAAGAUCGGUCCCAGCAAGCCCAAUGAGAUGCCUCAGCCGCCACCUUCCUCGGUGCCCAAUCCCCCGCCGAUCUCUCCUUCAAUCGCAGCUGUGCCGCGCCCGCCGUCAGUAAGCAUUCCUCCUGCCAACGGGGGUUUCAUCGCCGCGGAAACGGUUCUCAACAGUCCACCNNNGACGUCGGUGCUCCGGACCCCUCCCGGCUCGGUCAUCACCGGCCCCAUGCCCCCGAUCAUCCACGCCCCGCGCAUCAAUGUUGUCCCGAUGCCCCCAUCCGGACCCCCCAUGAUGGCCCCUCGCCCGCCUCCCAUGAUAGUCCCAACAGCCUUUGUCCCCGCCCCUCCGGUGGCUCCGGUCCCUGCCCCGGCGCCGAUGCCGCCUCACCCCCCGCCACCCAUGGAGGACGAGCCUAUGUCUAAGAAACCGAAAAGCGAGGACAGUCUGAUGCCGGAGGAGGAGUUCCUGCGCCGGAACAAGGGUCCGGUCACCGUUAAAGUCCAGGUGCCCAACAUGCAGGACAAGACCGAAUGGAAGCUGAGUGGGCAGGUCCUUGUGUUCACCCUUCCGCUCUCCGAUCAGGUCUCCGUGAUAAAGGUUAAGAUCCACGAGGCCACCGGGAUGCCGGCGGGGAAACAGAAGCUGCAAUACGAGGGCAUUUUCAUCAAGGAUUCCAACUCUCUGGCGUACUACAACAUGAUAAACGGCGCCGUGAUCCACUUGGCGCUCAAAGAAAGAGGCGGCCGGAAGAAGUAGGCGUUCCGCCCUUCGUGUGCGCCCCACGACGAGAAUCUUGCCACGUCUGGAGACCCCGACAAGCAGAAACAUCAACCGGUGAUGCUUACCAAUCCUCGCUUGGGAACUAGUGAUUAUUUUCGUCCUGUUUCAGUCAGACUAGGACAGGGCGGGGCGAGAACUUGUAUCACCCAGACAAAACUCUAUAAAUGUUGUGAUUUGGCGGUAAUUUCUGCAGCGCUUGUAGUAUGUGUGACGCUGUUCUUCAUUCUCUCUUUUUCCAUAUAAUUCCCUACAGCAGUAACGGCAGCAUUUCGGUUAUUUCAGCAGCGCUUGUAGUAUGUGACACGCUGUUUUUCAUGCUCUCUUUUUCCAUAUAAUUCCCUACAGCAGCAACGGCAGCAUUUCGGUUAAGAAGUCCGGUCUCGAUCGGACUUUAAAACCAUCCUCGUUUUGCGAUGCUCCAGGGAAUAUCGCCUGCUUGACUAAAAUGCUCGCCUUUUCGCCGACCCGUUUUUGUAAUCGAGAAGUCCUUUAUUUAGUGUAGUAACCCCCUUAGUUUUCUGUGACAUGUACAUGCCAGACUCUGCUGCCGUGAUUAUUUUAGGAUUUUAGCCUUCUUUGGAUCGACUUCUCCGUUGCCUUUGAUUGAGGCUUUGAGAUUGUGUCUUUCUGAUCAUCCUGUACAGCGUGUGACUUGUUUUAAUAAAGUUCGAAUCGCAGUGGGGAAUCGCA